AUGCCGACGUUCUCUCUGAGAAACAAACAAGCCUUCCUCAAGUGCUGCAACGAGGAAGAUGCAAGAAACCCAACCCUGGGACCAGAACUCGGUUCAACAACGUCUCUGCAGUGGUUCAACAACGUCUCUGCGGUGGUUCAACAACGUCUCUGCAGCGGUUCAACAACGUCUCUGCAGUGGUUCAACAACGUCUCUGCAGUGGUUCAACAACGUCUCUGCAAUAGUUUAACACUGUCCCUGCAGUGGUUCAACAACGUCUCUGCAGCGGUUCAACAACGUCUCUGCAGUGGUUCAACAACGUCUCUGCAGUGGUUCAACAACGUCUCUGCGGUGGUUCAACAACGUCCCUGCAGUGGUUCAACAACGUCCCUGCAGUGGUUCAACAACGUCCCUGCAGUGGUUCAACAACGUCCCUGCAGUAGUUCAACAACGUCUCUGCGGUGGUUCAACAACGUCUCUGCAGUGGUUCAACAACGUCCCUGCAGUGGUUUAACAACGUCUCUGCAGUGGUUCAACAACGUCCCUGCAGUGGUUCAACAACGUCUCUGCAGUGGUUUAACAACGUCUCUGCGGUGGUUCAACAACGUCUCUGCAGUGGUUCAACAACGUCUCUGCAGUGGUUCAACAACGUCCCUGCAGUAGUUUAACAACGUCCCUGCAGUGGUUCAACGUCUCUGCAGUGGUUCAAAAACAUCUCUGCGGUAGUUCAACAAUGUCUCUGCAGUGGUUCGAUAACGUCCCUGC